UGUGGCAUCACUCCCCUGAACACCAAGAUAGUUGGAGGAGAAGAUGCUCCACCUGGAAGUUGGCCUUGGCAGAUUAGUCUGCAGAUGUUUGGCGGCCAUUUUUGUGGUGGUUCCCUCAUUAACAGAGAGUGGGUGAUGACUGCUGCUCACUGCUUCUCCAGCACAAGUACGUCUGGCUUGCAAGUUUCUCUCGGCCGUCAGAACCUGCAGGGCACAAACCCAAAUGAGGAGUCCAGAAGUGUUUCCAGAAUCAUUUUGCAUCCAAAGUAUGACAGCGACAGCAGCAACAACGACAUUGCUCUACUCAGACUCUCGUCACCAGUGAAAUUCACUGACUACAUCAGACCUGUGUGUCUGGCAGCCAGUGACAGUGUGUUCCACAACGGUACAGAUAGCUGGGUCACUGGCUGGGGCAACGUCAAGGAGGGAGUGUCAUUAUCGUUCCCUGAAACUCUACAAGAAGUGGAGGUUCCAGUUUUGGGCAACAGACAGUGUAACUGUCUCAAUGGAGUCGGUACAGUCAACGACAACAUGAUUUGUGCUGGUGUUCUGGCAGGAGGCAAAGACUCAUGUCAGGGUGACUCAGGAGGUCCAAUGGUGAACAAACAGGGCUCCGUCUGGGUCCAGUCUGGAGUAGUUAGUUUUGGUUUUGGUUGUGCUCGGCCCAAUCUGCCAGGAGUUUACUCCAGAGUGUCCCGUUACCAGUCCUGGAUCAACUCCAUCAUUCGCUCUGAUAGGCCAGGAUUCGUGCAGUUCACCUCCAGUGGACUGGAUGCUGACACCAGCUACACCUGUCCUGGUCUCCCACCUCCUCUUAUUACAACCACCACUGCAGCUGGUCCUAGUACUGAAGGACCAGAAGCUACAACCACAGAAGCAGUCUCUCAAACCACAAGUCCGGACUUGACCAUGUCAACUGCUGAAUUGUGUGGCAUCACUCCCCUGAACACCAAGAUAGUUGGAGGAGAAGAUGCUCCACCUGGAAGUUGGCCUUGGCAGAUUAGUCUGCAGAUGUUUGGCGGCCAUUUUUGUGGUGGUUCCCUCAUUAACAGAGAGUGGGUGAUGACUGCUGCUCACUGCUUCUCCAGUACGUCUGGCUUGCAAGUUUCUCUCGGCCGUCAGAACCUGCAGGGCACAAACCCAAAUGAGGAGUCCAGAAGUGUUUCCAGAAUCAUUUUGCAUCCAAAGUAUGACAGCGACAGCAGCAACAACGACAUUGCUCUACUCAGUCUCUCGUCACCAGUGAAAUUCACUGACUACAUCAGACCUGUGUGUCUGGCAGCCAGUGACAGUGUGUUCACCAACGGUACAGAUAGCUGGGUCACUGGCUGGGGCAACGUCAAGGAGGGAGUGUCAUUAUCGUUCCCUGAAACUCUACAAGAAGUGGAGGUUCCAGUUUUGGGCAACAGACAGUGUAACUGUCUCAAUGGAGUCGGUACAGUCAAUGACAACAUGAUUUGUGCUGGUGUUCUGGCAGGAGGCAAAGACUCAUGUCAGGGUGACUCAGGAGGUCCAAUGGUGAACAAACAGGGCCCCGUCUGGGUCCAGUCUGGAGUAGUUAGUUUUGGUUUUGGUUGUGCUCGGCCCAAUCUGCCAGGAGUUUACUCCAGAGUUUCCCGUUACCAGUCCUGGAUCAACUCCAUCAUUCGCUCUGAUAGGCCAGGAUUCGUGCAGUUCACCUCCAGUGGACUGGAUGCUGACAGCAGCUACACCUGUCCUGGUCUCCCACCUCCUCUUAUUACAACCACUACUGCUACUGGUCCUAGUACUGAAGGACCAGAAGCUACAACCACAGAAGCAGUCUCUCAAACCCCAAUGUGUGGCAUCACUCCCCUGAACACCAGGAUAGUUGGAGGAGAAGAUGCUCCACCUGGAAGUUGGCCUUGGCAGAUUAGUCUGCAGAUGUUUGGCGGCCAUUUUUGUGGUGGUUCCCUCAUUAACAGAGAGUGGGUGAUGACUGCUGCUCACUGCUUCUCCAGUACGUCUGGCUUGCAAGUUUCUCUCGGCCGUCAGAACCUGCAGGGCACAAACCCAAAUGAGGAGUCCAGAAGUGUUUCCAGAAUCAUUUUGCAUCCAAAGUAUGACAGCGACAGCAGCAACAACGACAUUGCUCUACUCAGUCUCUCGUCACCAGUGAAAUUCACUGACUACAUCAGACCUGUGUGUCUGGCAGCCAGUGACAGUGUGUUCACCAACGGUACAGAUAGCUGGGUCACUGGCUGGGGCAACGUCAAGGAGGGAGUGUCAUUAUCGUUCCCUGAAACUCUACAAGAAGUGGAGGUUCCAGUUUUGGGCAACAGACAGUGUAACUGUCUCAAUGGAGUCGGUACAGUCAACGACAACAUGAUUUGUGCUGGUGUUCUGGCAGGAGGCAAAGACUCAUGUCAGGUGAGCAUCUUUUUUGAUUUUAAACCUGUUGGUCAUUGUGUUGAGGACUUUGUGAAAUACUUAGUCGUGUCCUCUUUUUGUCCUCAGGGUGACUCAGGAGGUCCAAUGGUGAACAAACAGGGCUCCGUCUGGGUCCAGUCUGGAGUAGUUAGUUUUGGUUUUGGUUGUGCUCGGCCCAAUCUGCCAGGAGUUUACUCCAGAGUGUCCCGUUACCAGUCCUGGAUCAACUCCAUCAUUCGCUCUGAUAGGCCAGGAUUCGUGCAGUUCACCUCCAGUGGACUGGAUGCUGACAGCAGCUACACCUGUCCUGGUCUCCCACCUCCUCUUAUUACAACCACUACUGCUACUGGUCCUAGUACUGAAGGACCAGAAGCUACAACCACAGAAGCAGUAUCUCAAACCCCAAGUCCCGACUUAACCAUGUCAAGUGCUGAAUUGUGUGGCAUCACUGCCUUGAACACCAGGAUAGUUGGAGGAGAAGAUGCUCCACCUGGAAGUUGGCCUUGGCAGAUUAGUCUGCAGAUGUUUGACGGCCAUUUUUGUGGUGGUUCCCUCAUUAACAGAGAGUGGGUGAUGACUGCUGCUCACUGCUUCUCCAGUACGUCUGGCUUGCAAGUUUCUCUCGGCCGUCAGAACCUGCAGGGCACAAACCCAAAUGAGGAGUCCAGAAGUGUUUCCAGAAUCAUUUUGCAUCCAAAGUAUGACAGCGACAGCAGCAACAACGACAUUGCUCUACUCAGACUCUCGUCACCAGUGAAAUUCACUGACUACAUCAGACCUGUGUGUCUGGCAGCCAGUGACAGUGUGUUCACCAACGGUACAGAUAGCUGGGUCACUGGCUGGGGCAACGUCAAGGAGGGAGUGUCAUUAUCGUUCCCUGAAACUCUACAAGAAGUGGAGGUUCCAGUUUUGGGCAACAGACAGUGUAACUGUCUCAAUGGAGUCGGUACAGUCAACGACAACAUGAUUUGUGCUGGUGUUCUGGCAGGAGGCAAAGACUCAUGUCAGGUGAGCAUCUUUUUUGAUUUUAAACCUGUUGGUCAUUGUGUUGAGUACUUUGUGAAAUACUUAGUCGUGUCCUCUUUUUGUCCUCAGGGUGACUCAGGAGGUCCAAUGGUGAACAAACAGGGCUCCGUCUGGGUCCAGUCUGGAGUAGUUAGUUUUGGUUUUGGUUGUGCUCGGCCCAAUCUGCCAGGAGUUUACUCCAGAGUUUCCCGUUACCAGUCCUGGAUCAACUCCAUCAUUCGCUCUGAUAGGCCAGGAUUCGUGCAGUUCACCUCCAGUGGACUGGAUGCUGACAGCAGCUACACCUGUCCUGGUCUCCCACCUCCUCUUAUUACAACCACUACUGCUACUGGUCCUAGUACUGAAGGACCAGAAGCUACAACCACAGAAGCAGUAUCUCAAACCCCAAGUCCCGACUUAACCAUGUCAAGUGCUGAAUUGUGUGGCAUCACUCCCCUGAACACCAGGAUAGUUGGAGGAGAAGAUGCUCCACCUGGAAGUUGGCCUUGGCAGAUUAGUCUGCAGAUGUUUGGCGGCCAUUUUUGUGGUGGUUCCCUCAUUAACAGAGAGUGGGUGAUGACUGCUGCUCACUGCUUCUCCAGUACGUCUGGCUUGCAAGUUUCUCUCGGCCGUCAGAACCUGCAGGGCACAAACCCAAAUGAGGAGUCCAGAAGUGUUUCCAGAAUCAUUUUGCAUCCAAAGUAUGACAGCGACAGCAGCAACAACGACAUUGCUCUACUCAGACUCUCGUCACCAGUGAAAUUCACUGACUACAUCAGACCUGUGUGUCUGGCAGCCAGUGACAGUGUGUUCACCAACGGUACAGAUAGCUGGGUCACUGGCUGGGGCAACGUCAAGGAGGGAGUGUCAUUAUCGUUCCCUGAAACUCUACAAGAAGUGGAGGUUCCAGUUUUGGGCAACAGACAGUGUAACUGUCUCAAUGGAGUCGGUACAGUCAACGACAACAUGAUUUGUGCUGGUGUUCUGGCAGGAGGCAAAGACUCAUGUCAGGGUGACUCAGGAGGUCCAAUGGUGAACAAACAGGGCUCCGUCUGGGUCCAGUCUGGAGUAGUUAGUUUUGGUUUUGGUUGUGCUCGGCCCAAUCUGCCAGGAGUUUACUCCAGAGUUUCCCGAUACCAGUCCUGGAUCAACUCCAUCAUCGGUUCUGACAUGCCAGGAUUCGUGCAGUUCACCUCCAGUGGACUGGAUGCUGACACCAGCUACACCUGUCCUGGUCUCCCACCUCCUCUUAUAACAACCACCACUGCAGCUGGUCCUAGUACUGAAGGACCAGAAGCUACAACCACAGAAGCAGUCUCUCAAACCACAAUGUGUGGCAUCACUCCCCUGAACACCAAGAUAGUUGGAGGAGAAGAUGCUCCACCUGGAAGUUGGCCUUGGCAGAUUAGUCUGCAGAUGUUUGGCGGCCAUUUUUGUGGUGGUUCCCUCAUUAACAGAGAGUGGGUGAUGACUGCUGCUCACUGCUUCUCCAGUACGUCUGGCUUGCAAGUUUCUCUCGGCCGUCAGAACCUGCAGGGCACAAACCCAAAUGAGGAGUCCAGAAGUGUUUCCAGAAUCAUUUUGCAUCCAAAGUAUGACAGCGACAGCAGCAACAACGACAUUGCUCUACUCAGACUCUCGUCACCAGUGAAAUUCACUGACUACAUCAGACCUGUGUGUCUGGCAGCCAGUGACAGUGUGUUCCACAACGGUACAGAUAGCUGGGUCACUGGCUGGGGCAACGUCAAGGAGGGAGUGUCAUUAUCGUUCCCUGAAACUCUACAAGAAGUGGAGGUUCCAGUUUUGGGCAACAGACAGUGUAACUGUCUCAAUGGAGUCGGUACAGUCAACGACAACAUGAUUUGUGCUGGUGUUCUGGCAGGAGGCAAAGACUCAUGUCAGGUGAGCUUCUUUUUUGAUUUUAACCUGUUGGUCAUUGUUGAGGACUUUGUGAAAUACUUAGUCGUGACCUCUUUUUGUCCUCAGGGUGACUCAGGAGGUCCAAUGGUGAACAAACAGGGCUCCGUCUGGGUCCAGUCUGGAGUAGUUAGUUUUGGUUUUGGUUGUGCUCGGCCCAAUCUGCCAGGAGUUUACUCCAGAGUGUCCCGUUACCAGUCCUGGAUCAACUCCAUCAUUCGCUCUGAUAGGCCAGGAUUCGUGCAGUUCACCUCCAGUGGACUGGAUGCUGACAGCAGCUACACCUGUCCUGGUCUCCCACCUCCUCUUAUUACAACCACCACUGCAGCUGGUCCUAGUACUGAAGGACCAGAAGCUACAACCACAGAAGCAGUCUCUCAAACCACAAGUCCGGACUUGACCAUGUCAACUGCUGAAUUGUGUGGCAUCACUCCCCUGAACACCAAGAUAGUUGGAGGAGAAGAUGCUCCACCUGGAAGUUGGCCUUGGCAGAUUAGUCUGCAGAUGUUUGGCGGCCAUUUUUGUGGUGGUUCCCUCAUUAACAGAGAGUGGGUGAUGACUGCUGCUCACUGCUUCUCCAGUACGUCUGGCUUGCAAGUUUCUCUCGGCCGUCAGAACCUGCAGGGCACAAACCCAAAUGAGGAGUCCAGAAGUGUUUCCAGAAUCAUUUUGCAUCCAAAGUAUGACAGCGACAGCAGCAACAACGACAUUGCUCUACUCAGUCUCUCGUCACCAGUGAAAUUCACUGACUACAUCAGACCUGUGUGUCUGGCAGCCAGUGACAGUGUGUUCACCAACGGUACAGAUAGCUGGGUCACUGGCUGGGGUAACGUCAAGGAGGGAGUGUCAUUAUCGUUCCCUGAAACUCUACAAGAAGUGGAGGUUCCAGUUUUGGGCAACAGACAGUGUAACUGUCUCAAUGGAGUCGGUACAGUCAACGACAACAUGAUUUGUGCUGGUGUUCUGGCAGGAGGCAAAGACUCAUGUCAGGUGAGCAUCUUUUUUGAUUUUUAACCUGUUGGUCAUUGUGUUGAGGACUUUGUGAAAUACUUAGUCGUGUCCUCUUUUUGUCCUCAGGGUGACUCAGGAGGUCCAAUGGUGAACAAACAGGGCUCCGUCUGGGUCCAGUCUGGAGUAGUUAGUUUUGGUUUUGGUUGUGCUCGGCCCAAUCUGCCAGGAGUUUACUCCAGAGUUUCCCGUUACCAGUCCUGGAUCAACUCCAUCAUCGGUUCUGACAUGCCAGGAUUCGUGCAGUUCACCUCCAGUGGACUGGAUGCUGACACCAGCUACACCUGUCCUGGUCUCCCACCUCCUCUUAUAACAACCACCACUGCAGCUGGUCCUAGUACUGAAGGACCAGAAGCUACAACCACAGAAGCAGUCUCUCAAACCACAAGUCCGGACUUGACCAUGUCAACUGCUGAAUUGUGUGGCAUCACUCCCCUGAACACCAAGAUAGUUGGAGGAGAAGAUGCUCCACCUGGAAGUUGGCCUUGGCAGAUUAGUCUGCAGAUGUUUGGCGGCCAUUUUUGUGGUGGUUCCCUCAUUAACAGAGAGUGGGUGAUGACUGCUGCUCACUGCUUCUCCAGUACGUCUGGCUUGCAAGUUUCUCUCGGCCGUCAGAACCUGCAGGGCACAAACCCAAAUGAGGAGUCCAGAAGUGUUUCCAGAAUCAUUUUGCAUCCAAAGUAUGACAGCGACAGCAGCAACAACGACAUUGCUCUACUCAGACUCUCGUCACCAGUGAAAUUCACUGACUACAUCAGACCUGUGUGUCUGGCAGCCAGUGACAGUGUGUUCCACAACGGUACAGAUAGCUGGGUCACUGGCUGGGGCAACGUCAAGGAGGGAGUGUCAUUAUCGUUCCCUGAAACUCUACAAGAAGUGGAGGUUCCAGUUUUGGGCAACAGACAGUGUAACUGUCUCAAUGGAGUCGGUACAGUCAACGACAACAUGAUUUGUGCUGGUGUUCUGGCAGGAGGCAAAGACUCAUGUCAGGGUGACUCAGGAGGUCCAAUGGUGAACAAACAGGGCUCCGUCUGGGUCCAGUCUGGAGUAGUUAGUUUUGGUUUUGGUUGUGCUCGGCCCAAUCUGCCAGGAGUUUACUCCAGAGUGUCCCGUUACCAGUCCUGGAUCAACUCCAUCAUUCGCUCUGAUAGGCCAGGAUUCGUGCAGUUCACCUCCAGUGGACUGGAUGCUGACACCAGCUACACCUGUCCUGGUCUCCCACCUCCUCUUAUUACAACCACCACUGCAGCUGGUCCUAGUACUGAAGGACCAGAAGCUACAACCACAGAAGCAGUCUCUCAAACCACAAGUCCGGACUUGACCAUGUCAACUGCUGAAUUGUGUGGCAUCACUCCCCUGAACACCAAGAUAGUUGGAGGAGAAGAUGCUCCACCUGGAAGUUGGCCUUGGCAGAUUAGUCUGCAGAUGUUUGGCGGCCAUUUUUGUGGUGGUUCCCUCAUUAACAGAGAGUGGGUGAUGACUGCUGCUCACUGCUUCUCCAGUACGUCUGGCUUGCAAGUUUCUCUCGGCCGUCAGAACCUGCAGGGCACAAACCCAAAUGAGGAGUCCAGAAGUGUUUCCAGAAUCAUUUUGCAUCCAAAGUAUGACAGCGACAGCAGCAACAACGACAUUGCUCUACUCAGUCUCUCGUCACCAGUGAAAUUCACUGACUACAUCAGACCUGUGUGUCUGGCAGCCAGUGACAGUGUGUUCACCAACGGUACAGAUAGCUGGGUCACUGGCUGGGGCAACGUCAAGGAGGGAGUGUCAUUAUCGUUCCCUGAAACUCUACAAGAAGUGGAGGUUCCAGUUUUGGGCAACAGACAGUGUAACUGUCUCAAUGGAGUCGGUACAGUCAAUGACAACAUGAUUUGUGCUGGUGUUCUGGCAGGAGGCAAAGACUCAUGUCAGGGUGACUCAGGAGGUCCAAUGGUGAACAAACAGGGCCCCGUCUGGGUCCAGUCUGGAGUAGUUAGUUUUGGUUUUGGUUGUGCUCGGCCCAAUCUGCCAGGAGUUUACUCCAGAGUUUCCCGUUACCAGUCCUGGAUCAACUCCAUCAUUCGCUCUGAUAGGCCAGGAUUCGUGCAGUUCACCUCCAGUGGACUGGAUGCUGACAGCAGCUACACCUGUCCUGGUCUCCCACCUCCUCUUAUUACAACCACUACUGCUACUGGUCCUAGUACUGAAGGACCAGAAGCUACAACCACAGAAGCAGUCUCUCAAACCCCAAUGUGUGGCAUCACUCCCCUGAACACCAGGAUAGUUGGAGGAGAAGAUGCUCCACCUGGAAGUUGGCCUUGGCAGAUUAGUCUGCAGAUGUUUGGCGGCCAUUUUUGUGGUGGUUCCCUCAUUAACAGAGAGUGGGUGAUGACUGCUGCUCACUGCUUCUCCAGUACGUCUGGCUUGCAAGUUUCUCUCGGCCGUCAGAACCUGCAGGGCACAAACCCAAAUGAGGAGUCCAGAAGUGUUUCCAGAAUCAUUUUGCAUCCAAAGUAUGACAGCGACAGCAGCAACAACGACAUUGCUCUACUCAGUCUCUCGUCACCAGUGAAAUUCACUGACUACAUCAGACCUGUGUGUCUGGCAGCCAGUGACAGUGUGUUCACCAACGGUACAGAUAGCUGGGUCACUGGCUGGGGCAACGUCAAGGAGGGAGUGUCAUUAUCGUUCCCUGAAACUCUACAAGAAGUGGAGGUUCCAGUUUUGGGCAACAGACAGUGUAACUGUCUCAAUGGAGUCGGUACAGUCAACGACAACAUGAUUUGUGCUGGUGUUCUGGCAGGAGGCAAAGACUCAUGUCAGGUGAGCAUCUUUUUUGAUUUUAAACCUGUUGGUCAUUGUGUUGAGGACUUUGUGAAAUACUUAGUCGUGUCCUCUUUUUGUCCUCAGGGUGACUCAGGAGGUCCAAUGGUGAACAAACAGGGCUCCGUCUGGGUCCAGUCUGGAGUAGUUAGUUUUGGUUUUGGUUGUGCUCGGCCCAAUCUGCCAGGAGUUUACUCCAGAGUGUCCCGUUACCAGUCCUGGAUCAACUCCAUCAUUCGCUCUGAUAGGCCAGGAUUCGUGCAGUUCACCUCCAGUGGACUGGAUGCUGACAGCAGCUACACCUGUCCUGGUCUCCCACCUCCUCUUAUUACAACCACUACUGCUACUGGUCCUAGUACUGAAGGACCAGAAGCUACAACCACAGAAGCAGUAUCUCAAACCCCAAGUCCCGACUUAACCAUGUCAAGUGCUGAAUUGUGUGGCAUCACUCCCCUGAACACCAGGAUAGUUGGAGGAGAAGAUGCUCCACCUGGAAGUUGGCCUUGGCAGAUUAGUCUGCAGAUGUUUGGCGGCCAUUUUUGUGGUGGUUCCCUCAUUAACAGAGAGUGGGUGAUGACUGCUGCUCACUGCUUCUCCAGGUGGGUAACUAUUUCUCUCGGCCGUCAGAACCUGCAGGGCACAAACCCAAAUGAGGAGUCCAGAAGUGUUUCCAGAAUCAUUUUGCAUCCAAAGUAUGACAGCGACAGCAGCAACAACGACAUUGCUCUACUCAGACUCUCGUCACCAGUGAAAUUCACUGACUACGUCAGACCAGUGUGUCUGGCAGCCAGUGACAGUGUGUUCAACAACGGUACAGAUAGCUGGGUCACUGGCUGGGGCAACGUCAAGGAGGGAGUGUCAUUAUCGUUCCCUGAAACUCUACAAGAAGUGGAGGUUCCAGUUUUGGGCAACAGACAGUGUAACUGUCUCAAUGGAGUCGGUACAGUCAACGACAACAUGAUUUGUGCUGGUGUUCUGGCAGGAGGCAAAGACUCAUGUCAGGUGAGCAUCUUUUUUGAUUUUUAACCUGUUGGUCAUUGUGUUGAGGACUUUGUGAAAUACUUAGUCGUGUCCUCUUUUUGUCCUCAGGGUGACUCAGGAGGUCCAAUGGUGAACAAACAGGGCUCCGUCUGGGUCCAGUCUGGAGUAGUUAGUUUUGGUUUUGGUUGUGCUCGGCCCAAUCUGCCAGGAGUUUACUCCAGAGUUUCCCGUUACCAGUCCUGGAUCAACUCCAUCAUCGGUUCUGACAUGCCAGGAUUCGUGCAGUUCACCUCCAGUGGACUGGAUGCUGACACCAGCUACACCUGUCCUGGUCUCCCACCUCCUCUUAUAACAACCACCACUGCAGCUGGUCCUAGUACUGAAGGACCAGAAGCUACAACCACAGAAGCAGUCUCUCAAACCACAAGUCCGGACUUGACCAUGUCAACUGCUGAAUUGUGUGGCAUCACUCCCCUGAACACCAAGAUAGUUGGAGGAGAAGAUGCUCCACCUGGAAGUUGGCCUUGGCAGAUUAGUCUGCAGAUGUUUGGCGGCCAUUUUUGUGGUGGUUCCCUCAUUAACAGAGAGUGGGUGAUGACUGCUGCUCACUGCUUCUCCAGUACGUCUGGCUUGCAAGUUUCUCUCGGCCGUCAGAACCUGCAGGGCACAAACCCAAAUGAGGAGUCCAGAAGUGUUUCCAGAAUCAUUUUGCAUCCAAAGUAUGACAGCGACAGCAGCAACAACGACAUUGCUCUACUCAGACUCUCGUCACCAGUGAAAUUCACUGACUACAUCAGACCUGUGUGUCUGGCAGCCAGUGACAGUGUGUUCCACAACGGUACAGAUAGCUGGGUCACUGGCUGGGGCAACGUCAAGGAGGGAGUGUCAUUAUCGUUCCCUGAAACUCUACAAGAAGUGGAGGUUCCAGUUUUGGGCAACAGACAGUGUAACUGUCUCAAUGGAGUCGGUACAGUCAACGACAACAUGAUUUGUGCUGGUGUUCUGGCAGGAGGCAAAGACUCAUGUCAGGGUGACUCAGGAGGUCCAAUGGUGAACAAACAGGGCUCCGUCUGGGUCCAGUCUGGAGUAGUUAGUUUUGGUUUUGGUUGUGCUCGGCCCAAUCUGCCAGGAGUUUACUCCAGAGUGUCCCGUUACCAGUCCUGGAUCAACUCCAUCAUUCGCUCUGAUAGGCCAGGAUUCGUGCAGUUCACCUCCAGUGGACUGGAUGCUGACAGCAGCUACACCUGUCCUGGUCUCCCACCUCCUCUUAUUACAACCACUACUGCUACUGGUCCUAGUACUGAAGGACCAGAAGCUACAACCACAGAAGCAGUAUCUCAAACCCCAAUGUGUGGCAUCACUCCCCUGAACACCAGGAUAGUUGGAGGAGAAGAUGCUCCACCUGGAAGUUGGCCUUGGCAGAUUAGUCUGCAGAUGUUUGGCGGCCAUUUUUGUGGUGGUUCCCUCAUUAACAGAGAGUGGGUGAUGACUGCUGCUCACUGCUUCUCCAGUACGUCUGGCUUGCAAGUUUCUCUCGGCCGUCAGAACCUGCAGGGCACAAACCCAAAUGAGGAGUCCAGAAGUGUUUCCAGAAUCAUUUUGCAUCCAAAGUAUGACAGCGACAGCAGCAACAACGACAUUGCUCUACUCAGACUCUCGUCACCAGUGAAAUUCACUGACUACAUCAGACCUGUGUGUCUGGCAGCCAGUGACAGUGUGUUCACCAACGGUACAGAUAGCUGGGUCACUGGCUGGGGCAACGUCAAGGAGGGAGUGUCAUUAUCGUUCCCUGAAACUCUACAAGAAGUGGAGGUUCCAGUUUUGGGCAACAGACAGUGUAACUGUCUCAAUGGAGUCGGUAAAGUCAACGACAACAUGAUUUGUGCUGGUGUUCUGGCAGGAGGCAAAGACUCAUGUCAGGUGAGCAUCUUUUUUGAUUUUUAACCUGUUGGUCAUUGUGUUGAGGACUUUGUGAAAUACUUAGUCGUGUCCUCUUUUUGUCCUCAGGGUGACUCAGGAGGUCCAAUGGUGAACAAACAGGGCUCCGUCUGGGUCCAGUCUGGAGUAGUUAGUUUUGGUUUUGGUUGUGCUCGGCCCAAUCUGCCAGGAGUUUACUCCAGAGUUUCCCGUUACCAGUCCUGGAUCAACUCCAUCAUCGGUUCUGACAUGCCAGGAUUCGUGCAGUUCACCUCCAGUGGACUGGAUGCUGACACCAGCUACACCUGUCCUGGUCUCCCACCUCCUCUUAUUACAACCACCACUGCAGCUGGUCCUAGUACUGAAGGACCAGAAGCUACAACCACAGAAGCAGUCUCUCAAACCACAAGUCCGGACUUGACCAUGUCAACUGCUGAAUUGUGUGGCAUCACUCCCCUGAACACCAAGAUAGUUGGAGGAGAAGAUGCUCCACCUGGAAGUUGGCCUUGGCAGAUUAGUCUGCAGAUGUUUGGCGGCCAUUUUUGUGGUGGUUCCCUCAUUAACAGAGAGUGGGUGAUGACUGCUGCUCACUGCUUCUCCAGUACGUCUGGCUUGCAAGUUUCUCUCGGCCGUCAGAACCUGCAGGGCACAAACCCAAAUGAGGAGUCCAGAAGUGUUUCCAGAAUCAUUUUGCAUCCAAAGUAUGACAGCGACAGCAGCAACAACGACAUUGCUCUACUCAGACUCUCGUCACCAGUGAAAUUCACUGACUACAUCAGACCUGUGUGUCUGGCAGCCAGUGACAGUGUGUUCACCAACGGUACAGAUAGCUGGGUCACUGGCUGGGGCAACGUCAAGGAGGGAGUGUCAUUAUCGUUCCCUGAAACUCUACAAGAAGUGGAGGUUCCAGUUUUGGGCAACAGACAGUGUAACUGUCUCAAUGGAGUCGGUACAGUCAACGACAACAUGAUUUGUGCUGGUGUUCUGGCAGGAGGCAAAGACUCAUGUCAGGUGAGCUUCUUUUUUGAUCUGAAACCUGUUGGUCAUUGUGUUGAGGACUUUGUUAAAUCCUCAGCCGUGUCCUCUUUUUGUCCUCAGGGUGACUCAGGAGGUCCGAUGGUGAACAAACAGGGCCCCGUCUGGGUCCAGUCUGGAGUAGUUAGUUUUGGUUUUGGUUGUGCUCGGCCCAAUCUGCCAGGAGUUUACUCCAGAGUUUCCCGUUACCAGUCCUGGAUCAACUCCAUCAUUCGCUCUGAUAGGCCAGGAUUUGUGCAGUUCACCUCCAGUGGACUGGAUGCUGACAGCAGCUACACCUGUCCUGGUCUCCCACCUCCUCUUAUUACAACCACUACUGCUACUGGUCCUAGUACUGAAGGACCAGAAGCUACACCCACAGAAGCAGUAUCUCAAACCCCAAGUCCCGACUUGACCAUGUCAAGAUAG